AUGUUGAAGGAGUACAUCAUCAAGAAUGAAGCUAGUAGAUCUCAGACUGAAGCUUUGGUCCACAGUCAAGCGGCAUCCUUACGAAACUUGGAGAAUCAGGUUGGGCAACUAGCUAAUGAGCUAAGGAAUCGACCCCAUGGCACUCUCCAUAGCGACACCGAAAAGCCUAAGGGUGUUGGGAAUGAGCAUUGUAAAGCCAUGACACUGAAAAGCGGAAAAGUUUUGGGGAACAAUGCUACUAAUGCCAAACAUGAUGAUUCUGUUGAACCUAGUGGCAAUGAGAAAAUUUCUGAUGAUAAAGAAAGAGAGAAUGACAAGGUAUCUCCACCAAGGGCUUCUCUUGAAAAAUCACACAUGCAACCACAACCUCCAUUUCCUCAACGGUUUCAAAAGCAAAAACAGGAUGUUCAGUUCAAGAAAUUUCUUGAUGUUUUGAAGCAGCUUCACAUCAAUAUUCCACUUGUAGAGGCUCUUGAGCAGAUGCCUAAUUACGUGAAAUUCAUGAAGGACAUUCUUACAAAGAAGAGAAGGCUGGGGGAGUUUGAAACUGUAGCUCUAACGAAGGAGUGUAGCUCAUUCUUGCAACAUAAAUUGCCUACAAAGAUGAAAGAUCCAGGGAGUUUCACUAUUCCUUGCACUAUUGGUGACUCUUAUUGUGGAAUGGCAUUAUGUGAUUUGGGGGCUAGCAUAAACUUGAUGCCUAUGUCGGUGUUCAGAAAAUUGGGGAUCGGAGAAGUUCGGCCUACUACUGUCACUCUUCAACUAGCUGAUAGAUCUCUUGCUCAUCCAGAGGGAAAGAUUGAAGAUGUUCUGGUCAAGGUAGACAAGUUCAUAUUCCCUGCUGAUUUCAUCGUGUUGGACUAUGAGGCUGAUCGAGAGGUUCCCAUUAUCUUGGGAAGACCAUUUCUUGCUACGGGAAGAACUCUAAUCGAUGUGCAAAACGGAGAGCUAACUAUGAGAGUUCAAGAUGAAAAGGUGACUUUUAAUGUCUUUAAAGCAAUGAAAUAUUCUGAUGAUGUAGAAGAUUGCUCAGCUAUCACCAUAUUUGAUGAGCUAAUUUCUGAUAAAUUAGACUCUAAUUCUUCUCAUGAUCCUUUGGAGCAAUUAAUAUUGAAUGUUUCUCAAGAGGAAGAUGAUAAUGUUGAACUCUUAGCUUGGCUAGAAGCUAAUUCACAGGUUACAAGAACUAGUGGACGCUUUGAGUCCUUGGAUCUGUCGUCAAGGGAGUUCAAGACUCCUAAGUCAUCAAUUGAUGAACCACCAGAGUUAGAACUAAAGGAUCUUCCUUCUCAUUUGAAAUAUGCUUAUUUGGGACCUUCUUCCACUUUGCCUGUUAUUAUCUCUGCUGAAUUAUCUAUUGCUGAAGAAGAGAAAUUGGUAGAGCUUCUGAAGAAUCACAGGAAAGCUAUAGGGUGGAGUAUUGCAGACAUCAAAGGUAUUAGCCCUUCUAUUUGCAUGCAUAAAAUCUUGUUGGAAGAUGGUGCCAAAAGUUCAAUUGAAGGCCAGCGCAGAUUGAAUCCUAUUAUGAAGGAAGUGGUGAAAAAAGAGGUAAUUAAGUGGCUAGAUGCUGGAAUUAUUUAUCCAAUCUCGGAUAGUGCAUGGGUGAGCCCAGUUCAGUGUGUGCCUAAGAAGGGUGGAAUCACGGUGAUAAAAAAUGAAAAUAACGAGUUGAUCCCUACGAGAAUAGUCACCGGUUGGAGAAUUUGCAUUGAUUAUCGGAAGCUGAACAAAGCCACUAGAAAAGACCACUUUCCAUUGCCCUUUGUUGAUCAGAUGUUAGAUAGACUGGCUGGACGAGAGUACUAUUUCUUGAUGGGUACUCUGGCUAUAAUCAGAUAA